GCGGCGAGAGCGGCCCAGGGAAGGCGACGCCCAAGGUCAUGCCUUGACCACGGCUGCCCUUCAGGAGGCUGGCACAGGGCCACAGCCAGGUCAUCAGGCUGCUUGUCAAGGGUGUGGCAGUCGCAACCUGCCACUCUUCCUCCGUGAGCCCGGCCUGAGCGUCCACCAGGCGCUUCGUUCGUGAGGGACCCUGAGCCCUGGGCAAGCCCGACGCAGAGCCCUGGGAUCCAGAGGGAGCUCCAGGAGGAGUCAAUCAAGGUUCUGCGAAGACUUGAGGAAACUGACAAAUCCAGAUGGCUACCCCUGAUGGGAGGGUGUCCUCCAGACCCCAGACCCAGAGACCUGGCCUGGGGCCCCUGGACAGCCUGGAGCAGAAAGAAACCCGAGAGCAGGCGUCAGCCCACCUGGCCAUGCUGAGGAAGGCACAGGAAUUCUUCCAGACCUGUGAUGCAGAGGGCAAGGGCUUCAUCGCCAGGAAGGAUAUGCAGAGGCUUCAUCAGGAGCUGCCGCUCAGCCUGGAAGAACUGGAGGACGUGUUUGAUGCCCUGGAUGCUGAUGGCAAUGGCUUUUUGACCCCAGAGGAGUUCACUACUGGAUUUAGUCACUUCUUCUUCAGCCAGAAUGACCCAGGUCAGGAGGAUGCGGCCGAGCAGGUGGCCCGGUGCCGGGGAGAGCAGGUGUACCAGUCCAGAGGGGAGGAGGACCUGGGAGACACGGACGAAGACGAGGAAGCCCAGUUCCAGAUGCUCAUGGACAGACUGGGAGCCCAAAAGGUUUUGGAAGAUGAGAGCGACGUCAAGCAGCUCUGGCUGCAGCUGAAGAAAGACAAACCUCACUUACUGUCCAGCUUUGAAGAUUUCCUGACUGGAAUCUUCUCCCAGCUCCAGGAAGCCCACGAGGAGAAGAAUGAAUUGGAGUGUGCCCUAAAAAAGAAAAUUGCUGCUUAUGAUGAAGAAAUCCAGCAUCUGUAUGAGGAGAUGGAGCAACAGAUCAAAGGCGAGAAGGAGCAGUUUCUCCUGAAGGACACGGAGAGGUUUCGGGCCCGCAGUCAGGAGCUGGAACAGAAACUGUUGUCUAAGGAGCAGGAGCUGGAGCAGCUCACGCAGAAGCAGAAAAGGCUGGAAGGCCAGUGCACGGCCCUGCACAGUGACAAGCAUGAAACCAAGGCUGAGAACACCAAGCUGAAGCUCACUAACCAGGAGCUGGCCCGCGAGCUGGAGCGGACGUCGCGGGAGCUGCAGGAGGCUCAGGAGCAGCUGGACAGCCUCCAGCAGGAGGCCUGCAGACUCCACCAGGAGAAGGAGACGGAAGUGUACCGCGUGACGGAGAGCCUGCAGCGGGAGAAGGCCGGGCUCCUGAAGCAGCUGGACUUCCUCAGGGAAAGGAACAAGCACCUUCGGGAUGAACGGGACAUGUGUUUUCAGAAAGAUACGGCAGCCAAGGCAAACACAGCUGCUUCCAAGGCAAGCUGGAAAAGGAGAUCUGGCUCUGUGAUAGGCAAAUAUGUGGACGGCAGAGGGAUUCUUAGAAGCCAGUCAGAGGAGGAGGAGGACGUGUUUGGCAUUCCGAGGAGGAGAAGCUCCCUGGGCCUGAGUGGAUAUCCUCUGACAGAAGAGGAGCCAGGGACUGCCGAGCUAGGGGCUGGGGGCCCGCACCCCCGGGCACUCCGCAGAAUCAUCUCCAUUGAAGAAGACCCCCUGCCCCAGCUCCUGGAUAGUGGCUUCAAGCAGCCACUGGGCAAAUGCCCAGAAGAGGAGGUGGUCUCCGACCAGAGGGCAGAAAGACACUUCCAGGAGGUCCCACCCUUGAAACUCACUCCCGUAUCCCCCCGAGGGCAGCCCGUCGGGAAAGAAGCCCUAUCUAAGAAGGAGAGCUCUCCCUCCACCCCUGACCGGCUCUUCAAGGUCGUGUUUGUUGGCAAUUCUGCGGUGGGGAAGACGUCCUUCCUGAGGAGGUUCUGUGAGGACCGGUUCUCCCCUGGCAUGGCAGCCACUGUGGGCAUCGAUUACCACGUGAAGACGGUGAGCGUGGAUGACUCUCAGGUGGCCCUGCAGCUGUGGGACACGGCCGGGCAGGAGAGGUAUCGUUGCAUCACCCAGCAGUUCUUCAGAAAGGUGGAUGGUGUCAUCGUCAUGUACGACCUCACAGCCAAGCAGUCGUUCCUGUCAGUGCGGCAGUGGCUGAGCAGCGUGGAGGAAGCUGUGGGAGACCAGGUUCCUGUUCUUCUGCUGGGCAAUAAGCUUGACAAUGAGAAGGAGCGGGAAGUCCCUCGGGGCCUUGGAGAGCAGCUGGCCAAGGAGAACAAUCUGAUCUUCUACGAAUGCAGCGCCUACUCGGGUCACAACACCAGAGAGUCCCUGCUGCAUCUAGCCAGGUUUCUCAAGGAGCAGGAAGACACGGCGAGGAAGGACACCAUCCAGGUCAGCCACGCUGCCAAGAAGAAGUCCUGCUGUGGCUGACAGGAGGCCUCUUGGGACUGUCCCCACCCAAGCCUGAGGUCACAGGGCGACCUGCACACAGGCUCCUGCAUGGAUGCCACCCACCAAGGCCCACCGAGACCUUUGUCCUUGUCAGUCACUCACCUCCCCCGAAAGGAAGGGAAGCACAUCCCGUCGGGAGAGCCGCGCUCGGGGCAGCUGGCGUCUUGUCUCCCUUCCUCUCUCUGGACCCCGGAUGCCCAGCCCUUUUGUACUGUUUUUUCUCCAGCUUGGUUUCCUGGGGGAAAGAAACAGAUGGAUUAUUCCAGAAACGCCACCAUGUGCCUUCUCCACCUCCCUUCUCCUCGCCUUGCCCUUAGGAGCCUCAGCACUGCCGUUGCCGUGGCAACCGUGCAGGGCCCGACUUGCUGCUCCCUGCAGGCCAAAGACACACCAUUCAGGUGAUGCCGGGUACUUUGUCUUGCUUUGCUCCGUUCUCCGAAGGCCGAAGGGAUGCUCCUGGUACAUGUUUCAUGGACCGGGAGACCCCGGAGUUGUUGCGUGAAGCCACCCAGGCCAUCCGCAUCCCACUCCGCCCCCCCAGUCCCAGCGUUGGCGCCCUCCCGGCAGUCCCCCACCGCGUCUGCCCCCCGGCUCUCUGCCACGUGCAGCCUUUCCUCCUCACCCCACCUCCAGCCCAGACUCCAGGGUGGACCGUGGGUGACAACUGUGCGCCUGGGGUGAGGGCGAGGCUCACUUCCUGCUUGACUUUGAGAGAUGAAAAGAAAACUGGUGGAAAAACCAUCUGCUGCUACACAGAGCGACCAUUUCUGGAGGGUAUAAAUAAGGUAUAUACAGCUCUAUAAAAGCCAUUUUCUAAGUGUUUCUCAAAAUAGCUCUUCGAAAAAUCGUACAUGAUGAUUAGCGGGGUAGAUUGACACGCAGGCAGUGAGGCCCAACACGAGGUCCACAGUUACUGACUUCAUUUUAUUUUAUUUUACUUUAUUCCAGAAGACAGUAUUUAAAA